AUGGAAACUAUGGAAAUUCGGGAUGAUAAUGAGCGUGGACUGUCGAAAGUAGAUUGGUUGGUUGGAAGAAAUGAAGCGUGUCGAUGGUUGAAAAGGAUGAACCACCGGAUUGAAGCCUUACAACUUGGUCUGGCAAACUGCGGCCGCUUUCUGAGAAACUCCGCCUUUCAGCCGCUUUCCUCCGCCAUGGAACUCACACGUCUCGCCGCCCUGCACAUGCAUUUUUCCAUCAUUGAUAUUCACACACGAAAUCCCAUUCUCUACAUCAAAGUCGGCGAAGUUAUGCACUGUCUUGUAACAUUUGGCAAUCUCUACGCGGAGAAUGUGAUUGUUCGGUCGUUGGAUGAGUCCCACUGCUUGCCAGGUUAUAUAUCUCGGGCGAAUCGAGCCCUCGCUUCCACCAUGCAGACACCAACUCGUCGGUCUCGUGCGAUGAUGGAGCUCAUUCAAGAUCCGGAGUUGAGCAGUCGGGUUUUGCCUGGUCUAUUGCCAAGUCUAGAUCAACUUCCUGAUAACCAACUUCCGUCUUCAAGAGAGCUGGACUUCACAACCCCAAGCCGGUUCGUUACCUUUAGGCGAAUCACCGAGGCGGCUCAAAAUGCGAUGAUUCACUUUGCUAAUGUAGCUGAGCCUCAAACUCAAGCGGUAGCUCUUCUUGAAUUCUGCAAUUGGUUGGCAACAUAUACGAGACUUUAUCAAGAGCCGUGUGUCAACUGUGGACGCCUUCUAGGCUUUGAUACUUCUCUGCCUGUUUUGCGAACAGUUACUGCCAACCCGACUCGCGCUGCUGCCCUUCAUGAACACUGCAGAGGUAGUAAUAUCGCUACUAAAAAGAUUUAA